GGGAGGAGGAGAGAAGUUGUGUGAGCACCUGAGGGUGCAGCCUGGCCCCACAGGGAAGGAAGGCUGGUGCUGUGGGGCCCUGGGAGACGUGGCAGUGCCUGCAGGGGGUGGGGACAAGGCAGUGUGCCCACCAUUAGCACCAUGCUUCUGGGGAUCCUCGUGGUGCUCUKCUUCAUCCCCACUGCUGAUGAAACAGAAAACAAGAUUUUAGUGGCUCAGCAUCCUUUGCUCACUGUARUUAACCAAACUGCAACUCUAGUUUGCAACUACACAUACAAUGGGACAGGGAAGGAAUUUCGAGCUUCACUACACAAAGGAACAGACAGUUCAGUUGAAGUUUGCUUUAUUUCAUGGAACACAACCAAAAUUAGCAGCAAUUCAAGCAAAGAAUUCAACUGCCAGGGGGAUCGUCAUAAAAACAAAGUCAUCUUCAGUCUUUGGAACAUGAAUGCCAACCAAACUGACAUCUACUUCUGCAAAAUUGAGGUCAUGUAUCCACCCCCAUACGUCUACAGUGAGAAGAGCAAUGGGACUGUCAUUCAUGUGAAAGAGAUACCUACCCAAACACAAGAACCUCAGUCUGCAAUUCCUUUGUGGAUUCUGGCAACAGUGAUUGGAAUUUUUGCACUCUACAGUAUGCUAAUAACUGCAGUUUUUAUUAAUUACUGGCAAAAAUCCAAAAAGAAUAUCUACCAUCAGAGCGACUACAUGAACAUGACUCCCCGGCACGCACCGUACCAGAAGAACAAGGGUUACCCGCCCUAUGCACCAACUCGAGAUUACACCGCAUAUCGGUCAUGGCAGCCCUGAUAUCACCAGCGACCCACCAGGAGCCCUGUGUGCUUCUAGAGGUCAGUUGCUCUUGGGCGUGGAAAGACAGCCUCUCAUUUUCUCAUUGUGUUUGUUGCUAUUGAUCACGGACACUUACA